UCGAAGACGGUACUAUGAAAUUGGAUAAAUGCAGCUAUAUGAAUGAAAUGAAUCUUUCCUAUUAAAAAGAGUUCCCACACAUCGGGUAAACUUUAAGCUGGUGCUGAGCAGAGGCGGCGAAAGUUUCCCCACCAGGGGAGCUAAUUUGUUUUCACGUAUUAAGAAGACUUGGUUUGAAAGAUGUUAUUCGUUUUUCUUUGGCUUGUCGAGAAUGGUCUGCAAUAGUCAAAUCAUUGAGAACAAUCAAUUGUUCUGGCUUUGAUUUAGUGCAUAUCAAUGACAUUAAGCUUUUACAAAGUUUUCCUGAAAUGGAAGAGUUGUGCAUGGACUAUCUAUUAGCACCACUUGCAAAGGAUGAGGAAUUGGCAGAGUUGAGUGUGUCACUUGAAAAGUUGGAGACAGUAAUAUUGAAAAUUGAUGCACGUCAGGAAGAUCUUAAAACUUAUGCAACAUUGUUGGAUUGCAUUCUGAGAGGCGCUCCUUUGUUGAAAACAAUCGAAGUAUUAAUGUAUUACGACUUUGAUGAUUCCGAAAGAAAAAAUGAUCUUGGAUUUGCAAAUGGUUUUAUACAGCUUCAAAGGUUAUUUCCACAAGUUAAAAUGUCAAGUGAGAGUAUUGAUUUCUAGGAAACGGGAUUUCAAUUUUGGAUAGUGAUUUUAAUUUGUGUACUCGUUGAUGAGUUAAAUGUUAGAAUUUGA